CGGAACGCAACCUUGCCGCGACCAACCACAAAUCGGUCUUUCUGUCUUGCUCGCUUUUUGCUACGCUAUCACUCUGGCUGACUGAAGAGGUUCAUCUGCCAUACGUAGGGCUUGUGGUGAUCCCCGGAGAUCCCAUCUUGGUAACUCGACUCGGAGGGCAUCUUCGGCUCACUUGGAUCAUACUCCGAACAUAAGCCACUGUCAUACCAGGCCAUGGCCAGCUUUGAAGACUUGUUCAACUCCAGUGUCUUGCAGGUCUUUGCACCGGGAAGUGCACUCGAGUUUCCGGAGGGAGUGUCUGGUGAACGGACGAAAGACUGGCUUUCUUGCUUGUAUGCAGAACCUACGGAUCGGAAGGUAGCUUUCUUCGACGAGAUCAUCAACUUCCUUCUCAUUAUCCGCUUCCCUUAUGCGCAAGACGAAUCCGAAGCCACGCCCGAGCCUAGGCCUCCAAUCAGCCUUCUCUCCUUCCUCGCGCAUCUCCAAAUCUCGUAUGAGGCCUCCUAUAUAUCUCCCUUUACCUCUGUCCCAUCAACCUCCUCCGGUGCUGUCCCCGAAAUAGGCCGACCGCCUCCUCGAACGACCUCCAUCAACAAGGACAAACCAGUCUCCCUGCUCGCCGCUGCCCACCCGACCAUUUUCCCUCCGGCCACACCGAACCCUGUCCCCUCCGCAGCCAAGUCCGAUCAACAGUACGUCCAGUCUCAGGGAACCCAACUCACGACUGGCGUAUGGGGAGAGCAUCAUAUGGGCCCGACAAGAGAGACAUCUGAGGCCUUCUCGCUACUUUGGGCAGAGGAUGAACAUGAAUGGGUCGCCGUUUACCGCAUGUCGGUACUCGUGCGUUACAUGGCAACGAAGUUCGAAGAUCCCCUUCUUUCUUUGACUGUCUCAACAACCCUGCGCGAGAAGCCACUCCCUGUGACUCCUCCACGACAAUCCAUUGCUGCGCUCUUGGAAGAAUUCGGCGGGUCCAGCAAUCCGCUGGACGUGAUGUCGCCCAUCAAGUCUGCAGCCGGAGAUGCUCCAAAUAACGGAGAGCAGAACGAUGACGAUGACCUGCUUUCAGGGCUAGAAGAGAUCAAUCUUCUAGAGGGUCUCCAAGCAGACCCUACAUUCGCUGCCUCAGAAGACGCACCCCUCAAGCUGCCAUCCACUCGUCUUGGGCCAAAGACCCGCCGUACAGCAUUCGCCCUCCCUCCAUUAUCGGGCUCCUCGUCAUCUUCACAGCAGUCUAGGGCGUCAUUGACAGCCUCCGCGGCGGCGAAGACAAAGCUGCCACCUCCACCCGCCAGCUCCACCUUCCGCAAGUCGUUCCGCAAGACUAUGAAGGUCGUCUCCGGGUUCCACGUGCGCAUGCGCACAGUAUUCGUUCCAUACUUUCUGCUCCCACGCAACGGGCAAAAGAAACGCAAAGCCAUCGGGACCACCGAUGAAGAAGACGAAGACGAUGUCGAGAGCCGCGAGCAGCGUGAGGCAGGCAAUGAAGAGCACACUGUCGUCCUCUCCGUCGAGAUCGAGAACAUAUUCCCUGACAUCCCUGUACCCACUGUCCCGAACUACAGCUUCGAAGUUCAGCGCGCGGACGUCACGGUCAGCGGGACCGGCGCGAAGACCGUGCUCGUCGCGUGGGGCGACGCCGCGGACGUCUUCCCCGUGCGCAUCGGCCCGAAUGAGCAGGUGAACCUGCUGUACGCUGUGUCGUUCUUGCGUGCGCCGGAGGUGGAUGAGAUGGCUAUGGCCCCUGGGACGGGCGGACAAGCGGGAAAGAGGACGAGCGUCGCGUCGGCGGCGGCAGCAGCGCAGGAGAUGCGCCGUUCAGUGUCGAUUAACAUCAGCGUGCGGCCGUUCGAUCAACCCAGUGCGCCCGGUAAUGCGGGGGCGGUGGAUACAGGACCAGUGUCGUACCCCACCAGGACGUAUGCCUCAUACUGGAGCUGCAAGCUCAACUUCUCGUCGGCGACGAAUACUACUGGGGGACGCAUGGGCGAAGAUGGCUUGGAACUGACCGCGUUGCCUACACCAGCCUCGCCUUUCCCUAACAUACAAGCACGCAUACCGACUAUCGUCACGAACUCCGCAUCGUCCUCUCGCCCACAGUCCCUCCCGAUCUCGAGCGUAGCCGGCAGUCGCAAGUUCACGUACAGUGCCCUCGACUCUCCCGCACCAGACAGGCGCGCCAAGGCGAAGUCACCCGUAAACUAUCAGGGCCCUACUGCCAUGCUCAACCCGGCCAACCAGCCCCAGAGCGCCGCCAUACCCCUCACUGCCGAUCCACGCAACCUCAACUCAAUCAUCACAGGAACAUCUCCCGGGGCGGGCAACCGCGGCUCUAUCCUGCCACCGUCACUUGCGUUCCAAUCAUCAUACCCCCGUUCACCCACGACGUACGCAAGCCCGCAGGACUCGUACUUCUCGUUCGCCUCACUGGGACAGGGCCAAGGAGCGUCGCAAUUCGACGUCACCGGGGCGGAGGAACCUGGCACGCCCCGCACACCGGCAUACCCGGCGUAUCCUGGCUCGCCACCCCCAGUACCGCCGACGCCAUUCUGGCAGGCGCCGCUUGCGCAGCAGACUGGUGCUGGUGCGGUUGGGCCUACCAUUGACAUGCGGCGUGAUCGCGGCGGUGUAGGUUCAGUGCUGACUCCGGGCCUUACCAUCCCUGGGUUCCCCAGCAACGUAGAAGUCAGCGCGGAGGUGGAGAACAAGGCGGAGGCGGGAGGACAGCCGAUCGUCGUCAGUGUUGGGCUGUUCCCAGCAGUCAAGGAGGGUAGCGCCGAGGGUAAGGGAAGGUCGUCGGGCGACAUAUACCCGCUGGAUCAAUUUACUCUGGAUAUCUUCGUCUUCAAUCAGAGCUCGUGGACGCGGAGAUUCGAGGUGAGCCAUCCCGACGAGAGGCGGCGGAGGCGGAAGGGCAGGGGCGACGGGAAGAAGGCUGACGGAGGAUCUCCGGGGAUUAUGCCCCUGGAGAAUCGAGUGCGCAUCGGGCCACUACUGCCGUCGACUUGUCAGUCCGUGCGGAUGGACUUCUUGGCGCUCACCCCAGGUGUCCACCCCAUCGAUGAGCUGGUACUAACGGAUGUUCAGAGCGGGUUUAGUAUGCAUCUACGAUCUGUCAUGGACGUGGUCGUAUGUGAACCAUGAACUCAAAUACAAGCGCGCCAGUCUAUUGUUGUGACCUAUCACUCGGGGAGUCAGGAUUCUGCGUCUGCUGUCAGUCAUGAUACCCUUCAGUCCCUGAGCUGAACAUUUGCACGCAUAGACCGGUUGCUUGACAGGUUGACCGGAAGCACUGUUUGGCGAACUCUUUUCUUUCAUACAGUAACCGACCCUCUCAGAGGAUAGCAGUGAUACAGAAGCUAUCACGGCGCAUCUCGUCUGUGCCUUUACUAAAGACGACGGGGUGAUUCUAGAUCCACAGUGCUAGGAGAGUUCAUAGGUUCCGUAUACACUGGAGCUGAACGCCCCACGCAAUCACCUUCCAUUCCUCAUAGAGGCCAUCAGGGUCAUCGAACAUUAAACGUUGAUACAGUGCCACAGCCUGGCAUAACUAGGGUUCACACAGCCCUGACGCGGGUACGACCUC